AGGGCUAGAGCAAAAUUCAAGUUUUUUUUCGCCAUUCCUGAAACCAGCUAGAUAAAGCAGAUAUCAGCAGAACACUGAUAAGAGCACGCGCGCGCGCCGAACCGCUUCACUCAUCAACUAGCGCCGCAGUUUGCUUGCAAAGGUGUCAACCGUGUGAUCAUCAUCCUCUUCAACGGAGCUGCCGGGGAAGACGCCCAAAAUGGACUCGGAUUGGACCAACAACGAGACGUACCGCGCGAUUCCCCAGAUGGAAGUCGAGAGCCCAAAGGUGAGCGAUGAACCAGAUAAAAAGUCCACCAGCUCCAGAGGCAAGAGGGGAGCCAACAAUAUGUUCACUCAAAGUGUUUUCGAUCUUACGCUCAUCACGAUCAACAUUUGCCAAAUUUGCUACAUUUUGAAGGUUGGUCCGUCGUUGGGCGUUCUCUAUUACAUAAUGCUGGGUCUGUUGGGCGUGUCUCUUGCACUGCUGUCGAUGCACGGUUUCAUGGGCCUUUUCGGACGACUUCAGUGCAGCACUCCCCUUUCCGAUGGUUGCUUCAACUGUCUCUACAACACCUCCCUCUUCAUGGUGGUCCUUAUUUAUCUGGUCAAUCUUGUGUUCAACGUGGUGAGCUUGAAGGAAACCGAAGACAAGUGUCGAAUCAUCAUCGACAAUUUGCGCAACAGAACAUUGUGAUAUAUUUGAAUAAAAAACAACCAACAGUU